CUGAUUUCUGGUGGUCUGCCCGGCAGAUCUGGUGGCCAGCUCUUCUAACAGACCUGGCGGUAAGCUGUUCUAAUGACCUGGUAUCAUGCUGCCAGUGCUGCGCACUUUGUGGCAAGAUCUAGCAGCCUUGUACUUUGCUGUCCGACUGUCGGAUCUGGUAUGCAGCUAUUCUAGUGACCUGGAAUGUUCCUGCCUGCUAAGCUGGCCUGGUGUCUUGUAGCCUCCCCUACGGAGCAGGUGGUCAGCUAUUUCAGUGGCCUGGUAUCUUGGUGCCCACCCUGCGGACCUAGUGGACACGUGUUCUUGGGACCUGGUGUGUUGAGGCCGCACUAAAGACCUGGUCACCAGCUAUUCGAGUGGCCUGCUGCCUUGCUGUUCGACCUGGGGACCCCAUGGUCAACUGUUUUAGCGAUCUGGGGCGAGGAGGCGAUCAUUGUGGCCGUGACGUGCCCGUUCGACAACCGGCCCGCAGCCUGACCGCGGCCCGCCAGGCGAAGAAAGAGAAGUACCAGCCGGUCCGGGAGUACCUGCUGCGAAAAUUCCAAAAAGUGUCCGUGGCGACGAUUGUCGUUGGAGUGAUUGGAUCCUGGGAACCCAGGAACGACCGCGUGAUGCACCGCUUCUGCAGCAGGAAGUACCUGCGGCUCUUGAAAAAUCUCGCAGCCAGUGAGACCAUCGCAGCCUAUCGGGUUCUUGCAACGUCUACGCAGUGCACAUCACCGCCAAGUGAAUAAACUUACCUAGGCAGUCGGACACUACACUGACACACUUUUAUGCCAGCCCAACAUCUUCAAACAAUAUUCAACAAACACUAAGUGAACACGGACCUUCAUGCCUGCUCAAAAACUACUUUUUGAGCAGGCAAGAAGGU